AUGAAGGUUGAAACUAGUGCUGCUUUCUUGGCUCUAUUGAGCGUGGCUGCUGCCCGCCCUGAUGCCAUUAAGCUGUUCAGGAAAGGUCGACAGGUUGUUGGUGCUUCGGCCAAGUUCAGACGCGAGGUUCCUCAGGAGCACUCGCACGAAAAGUUCCUUACUGGUGUUGGAGCGGCCCUGAACUUGAACAAUGUUGAUCAAGUAUCGGACCCGGUUUUCGCUUUACUAGGAAACGCUGCUGCCGCUCAAGGUGCCGGCCAAGUUACGGAUCUCGACUGUCUUCAACAGCGAGUUGCCGACCAAGCUUUCACCAACGCCAAGGCGGCCAACGAUGUCGAGGGCAUGACCAAUGCGCUGAUCUUCCGUGCUCUGGAAAGAAACACGGGCGCAGUUGGCCAGGCUUCCGUUCUUUGCACGUCUGAAACCGCAAAGAACCCCGAGAUCGCCGCCCUCCAGCAGCACCAGGACCCUGCUUCGGACGGUGCUGCCGCCCUGAACAAGCAAAUCACCCUUGACCUGGCUGUCCAGCUAGCGUCGAUCGGUGCUGAUCCUCAGCUCGCCCUCCAGUCCGGCACCUUCGCCCCCGGCGAGAUCGGUGAUGCAACCGGCGCUGGCAACACUUGCGACGAAGCUGAUGAUCCGGAGGGCUGCAUUUUCACCCAAAACCUCCUUGUCGAGGAUGCCACGGCAGAUGAGAUUGACGCUGCCGUAGCUGCAGGAGGCGGUAACGCCAAUGCUGGUGGUAAUGCCAACAACAACAACAACAAUGCUAACGCUGGCAACGCUAACAACGCCGCCGACGAUGCUGAAGAGGAUGAUGAAGAUGGAGCCGAUGAUGCUGCCAACGAUGCUGCUAACUCCAACAACAACAACAACUCUAACAACAACGCCAACGCCGGUAACGCUAGCAACAGCACUGGCAACGCGAGCAACAACAACAACAACAACAACAAUGCCGGAAACGCCAACAACAACGCCAACGCCGGCGCCACCCCCACCGCCAGCGGCAACAACGUGAACACCUUCACCGGCAGCGUCGGCGCGCCCCCCGUCCCCGUGAUCAGCUCCAACGCCGCGAAGCCCUUCUCCGUCAACGGCGCCGAAUUCCUCAACAUCGGCGCCGCCAUCCAGCGCGCCUGCGACGUGCAGAAGAACCAGUGCGCCAACGCGGCCAACUCCGGCGCCGACGCCUCCAUCAGCGUCAGCGACUGCGACGCCCAGCAGAAGCAGUGCGCCGCCCAGAACACGGCCGCCAAGAAGCUCCGCCUCCGCGCCGCCGACACCGGCUCCUGCGGCUCCCCGGCCAUCUCGUUCGGCACCCAGAAGGACCGCGCCAGCGAGCAGGCGUUCGCGCCCGUCAACACCGCCGACUUCAACCACGGCUCCGCGCUCAAGCCGGCGGUCAUCACCGACUUCAUCUGCUCGCAGCUCGCGAGCAAGUGCAAGGCCGACGCCGCGACGGUGUCGCAGUGCGAGGAGGGCGCCGAGGCGGCGAACUCGCUCCAGGGGCAGGCGGCUGCUGAUGCUUUCAACGCUGCGCUGGGUGUUUAA